GUCUGCAACAUUUCUUUAUGCUGGCCAUAAAACUGGUCCUCUUGUUAAGCACUAUUUGCAUAAACCUCCUUAGUUCCUCUCUUAGCUAGCCUGAAGCCAUGGAUGGAGCAGAUGAGGAUAUGCCUCUGCUUCAUCUCCAUUCACAGGAUGUAGGAUCAGAAUACACAAGGGACGGCUCAGUUGAUAUCAACAAGCAGCCUGCCCUGAAGCACAGAACAGGGAACUGGAGCGCAUGCUUCUUGAUUUUAGGUGUCGAUUUUUGCGAAAACAUGGCCUACUAUGUAAUCGCGAGGAAUUUAGUAACCUUUCUUACGACUGUGCUCCAUGAAAGCAAGAUCGAUGCCGCAAGAAAUGUCUCCGCCUGGGUUGGUGCCUGCUUCCUCACACCAGUUGUUGGUGCCUUUCUGGCAGACACCUACUGGGGCAGAUACUGGACAAUUGUUGUUUUCCUCCCGGUUUACAUCACUGGAAUGCUCAUCCUGACAGUCUCAGCAUCUCUCCCAAUGUUCUCAGCAUCUUCUGAACAUGGCAAUGCUCAUCGUUCAGUGGUCUAUCUAGGGCUCUACCUUGCUGCCCUUGGGAGUGGUGGAAUGAAGCCCUGCACUUCGUCAUUUGGGGCUGACCAGUUUGAUGCCACUGACCCGGGGGAGCUAGCCAAGAAGGCCUCCUUCUUCAGCUGGUCCCUCUUCAUGCUGAACGCCAGCUCCUUGCUGUCGAGCACAGUGCUCGUUUGGUUGCAGGAUAACGUUGGGUGGGGAGUGGGUUGUGCGAUCCCAACUGUGCUAAUGAUCAUCAGCUUCCCUGUGUUUGUUGCUGGGUCAAGAGUUUACAGGUUCAGAAAACCCGGAUGCAGCCCCCUCAAGAGCCUCUGCCAGGUGCUUGUUGCAGCUGUCAGGAAGUGCCAUCUGGAAUUGCCGGAGAACACCUCACAUCUGUAUGAACCGUCCACUUCGUCUUCAGCAGCUGAAGGAAAUCAUGAGAUUCAGCAUACCAAUCAAUUCAGGUUCCUUGACAAGGCUGCCAUUGUGCUGCCUCCAUCGGACAAAACAAGCACGGAGGCAAUGAGCUCAUGGUGGCUGUGCAGAGUGACGCAGGUUGAGGAGCUGAAGAUGCUGCUGCGGAUGCUCCCAACCUGGGCAUCCUACGUCAUCUUUAACGCAGUCAGCGGGCAGAUGUCCUCCACGUAUAUUGAGCAGGGAAUGGCGAUGGACAACCUUGUCGGCUCAUUCGCGAUCCCUCCUGCAUCCCUCACCGUCGUCGCCGUGGUCAGCGUCCUCGUCCUGGUCCCUAUCUACGAAGCCAUGGCGGUGCCACUGGCGAAGCACCUCGCCGGACGGGAGGACGGCGGGGGCCUCUCGCAGCCACAGCGCAUCGGGAUCGGCCUUGCGCUGUCCACGGCCACGAUGGCGUACGCGGCGUCGCUCGAGAUGAAGCGGCUGGCGAUCGUCGGCGACGAUGAUGCCGCUGCUCCGGCGGCGAUGAGCAUCCUGUGGCAGACGCCGGGGUACUUUCUGCACGGCGUGGCGGAGGUUUUCACCGGCAUCGGCAUGUCGGAGUUCUUCUACGACCAGGCGCCGGACGGCAUGAAGAGCCUGUGCUCGGCGCUUGGGCAGCUGGCGAUCGCCGCCGGAGCUUACCUGAACGCCUUCAUACUGGGCGUUGUGUCGGUGGCGACGACGAGCGGCGGAGCAGCCGGGUGGAUUCCGGACAAUCUGAACGAGGGCCAUCUCGACUAUUUCUUCUGGAUGAUGGCAGCACUUAGCUUAAUUAAUCUGGUCAUGUUUGUGAGUUCCUCAACGAGGUACACGCGGAGAUGGUGAGACGCUUGGUACAACAUAAAUCAAAUAAGCUUGUAGCUUGCUAACAGCAAAUACUUUAGUUGUCUAGUGUCUACUCUUUUCAUAAAAAAAAAAUGCAAGUGGAAACGGCGGCACACAUAUUGUUCUCAUGCCCGUUUGCAGAAGCGUUCUGGGGAACCAUCCGAAUCAACCCUGGGAUAAAGUCUACUAUAAACUUCUGCCAGCUAAAACCGAUCGCGCCGCUACCAGCGAAACAUUUUAGAGUUUUCUUCAUUCUAUGCUUCUGGCUUCUCUGGAAUCACAGACAUGAAGUUGUUGUCUUCAGAAACGAAUCAACUUCGUUGCAUCGCAACCUGCGGGCUGCAAUAGACGACUGCACUCUUCGGACACAACGGCUCAAACAAGAUGAUAUCGCCGCUGUAGAGCCUGCCUGGAGGGCAAUCUUUAGCUCAGCCAUCUCGUGCUUGUUGUAGUUCUUAUUUUCAGUUCUUGCCUUGCUGCUGUUGUAACCACUCUUUUUCUCAUUUGCUGUACUAUCUCUUUUUUUUUCAAUGCAAUUCAUGUGGGGCUCUCAACCCCCCCCCUCCC